CUAGAUAGAUAUAAAGAGAGAGAAAGAGUUUUAGAAAGAGAAAGGGUGAGAGGAGAAGAUCUAGAUCUUGAAGGAUUAGUUUGAGGUGAGAGUUGUGAGCCAUGGAGGUUGGAAGACCUCAGUUGAUUCCGCCAUGGAUCUCUCUCUGUUUCUUCUUCUCCUUGUGUUUCUUCUCCAAGGUCCACUCUUUCUACCUCCCAGGUGUGGCUCCCCAAGAUUUCAAACAGGGUGAUCCUUUGAAAGUGAAAGUAAACAAACUGACCUCUACUAAAACUCAACUUCCGUAUUCGUUCUACUCCCUUCCUUACUGCAAGCCAGACCACAUUGUGGACAGUGCAGAGAAUCUUGGUGAAGUUCUUCGUGGUGAUCGUAUUGAGAACUCUGUUUUUGAGUUUCGUAUGAGGGAACAAGAAACAUGCAAAGUUGCAUGCCGUAUUGUUCUCGAUGCAAAAGCAGCUAAAGAGUUUAAGGAGAAGAUAGAUGAUGAGUAUCGGGUGAAUAUGAUUUUGGAUAAUCUUCCACUAGUUAUGCCCAUAAAGAGGCCAGAUCUGGACUCCAUUGUCUAUCAACACGGAUUUCAUGUUGGUUUGAAAGGACAAUAUGCUGGAAGCAAGGAGGAAAAGUUUUUCAUCCACAACCACUUGGCAUUCACGGUUAAGUUUCACAAGGAUGAACAAACAGAUGCUGCAAGAAUUGUUGGAUUUGAAGUCAAGCCUUUUAGUGUGAAACAUGAAUAUGACGGUAAAUGGAAAGAAAAUACGCAGCUGAAAACCUGUGAUGUCAAUGCUAAACGCACUGUUACAAGCUCUGAUUCUCCCCAAGAGGUUGAAGAUAAGAAGGAAAUAAUCUUCACAUACGAUGUUAAGUUUGAGGAGAGUGAUAUCAAGUGGGCAUCGAGAUGGGACUCCUAUCUUCUAAUGGCUGAUGAUCAGAUUCACUGGUUCUCAAUUGUAAAUUCUUUGAUGAUCGUACUUUUCCUAUCAGGAAUGGUGGCUAUGAUCAUGUUGCGAACUCUCUACCGUGAUAUCUCCAAAUACAACCAAUUGGAGACCCAGGAAGAAGCUCAAGAAGAAACGGGAUGGAAGCUGGUCCAUGGCGAUGUCUUCAGGGCUCCAACAAACUCGGAUUUGCUAUGUGUAUAUAUUGGAACUGGAGUUCAGUUCUUGUGCAUGACACUAGUGACUAUGAUAUUUGCUGCUCUUGGAUUCUUAUCCCCUUCAAACCGUGGAGGAUUGAUGACUGCUAUGCUUCUUCUGUGGGCCUUUAUGGGUGUGUUUGCUGGGUACGCAUCGGCUCGUCUCUACAAGAUGUUUAAAGGAUCCGAUUGGAAAAAAAUCACGCUCUGGACAGCAUUCAUGUUCCCGGGAACAGUUUUCGCCAUUUUCUUUGUCCUGAAUGCUAUAAUUUGGGGCGAGAAAUCUUCAGGGGCUGUACCAUUCGGAACCAUGUUUGCGUUGGUUUUCUUGUGGUUUGGAAUCUCAGUCCCGCUCGUUUUUGUUGGUAGUUACGUAGGAUUUAAGAAGCCAGCUAUUGAGGAGCCUGUCAAAACAAACAAAAUUCCACGACAGAUACCUGAGCAGGCCUGGUACAUGAAUCCACUUUUCUCCAUCUUGACCGGAGGCAUACUGCCAUUUGGAGCUGUAUUUAUCGAGCUCUUUUUCAUCCUUACCUCCAUCUGGUUGAACCAGUUCUACUACAUCUUUGGGUUCCUCUUCAUCGUGUUCGUCAUCCUGAUCGUCACCUGUGCCGAGAUCACAAUCGUUCUCUGCUAUUUCCAGCUUUGCAGCGAGGACUACCUCUGGUGGUGGAGAUCAUACCUUACUGCAGGUUCAUCGGCACUCUACCUCUUCCUUUAUGCAGCGUUCUAUUUCUUCACUAAGCUCGAGAUCACAAAGCUCGUUUCUGGCAUUCUCUAUUUCGGGUACAUGCUGAUUGCAUCAUAUGCUUUCUUUGUGAUGACUGGAACAAUCGGAUUCUAUGCAUGCUUUUGGUUCACAAGGCUCAUCUACUCAUCGGUUAAGAUUGACUAAAUGGGCUGCUGAUAGUAACAAAGAAACCACAUUGUAUCUCUAUAUUGAUGCAUCUUGGGCAUAUGCUUCGAUUUUUCAGCAGAAAUACGCGUUUGUGAAUACGGGCUAUUUCGAGGCUUGUUUUGCCUGUCAUUCUCUCCUUUGAGUAUUUGAAGAGUUAGACACAAUGUUUAGAAUUCUUUUGAGGAAAACAUGUAAUGCACUUAUGAACUCACAAGUUGGUUAUGUUGCUGACAACUACUAUGAUUCUAUAUUUCUAUGAAUGAAAAUGUUUGUAUUAUUUAGUUAUU